UUGAAUAAAAGAAAUUCAAGUUUUUUUAGAAGCUUAUCGCUAAGUGAUACAUGGAAAACUAUAAAAUCAGCUAUACUUAUACAAAACUGGUAUAGAAGAUGUCUGGCACGACUAGAAGCAAGACGACGGACUACGUGGAGUAUAUUUACAGCCUUGGAAUAUGUUGGAGAACAAGACCAACUGAAGUUGCAUGAUUUUUUCAGCAAUAUUAUCGAUGCUUUAACCGAAAACAGUGAUAGCAUAAUCGGUUCCACGUCACUCAUGCAAGCAAGUGAGGCCAAAUACGAAAGAAAAUUAUUACAAAUGACCCAGCCAGAACUCUUCAAAGUAGAAAAAACGUACAAAGGCCCAGUCCUCUCGUUCCCACUCAAAAAAAUCCACGUAGAACGAAUGAUUGAAUCGUUUAAAAACAACAAGGUGAUUAUGCAUAUUAGAUAUAUAUUACUAAUACUGAGGGAAGCACGACGGAUAUUUAAGACUCUGCCAACAGUUAUUCAAAUUUCAACUUCUCUAUCUAAACAAAUAACUAUUUGUGGAGAUUUGCACGGAAAAUUUGACGAUCUGAUUAUUAUUCUUUACAAAAAUGGUUACCCAUCUAUCGAGAAUCCUUAUUUAUUCAACGGAGAUUUUGUGGAUCGAGGACCUCAGUCGAUAGAAGUAUUUGUGGUCCUCUGUGCCUUAAUGAUUCUGAAUCCAACCUCAGUGAUUUUGAAUCGAGGAAAUCAUGAAGAUCACAUAAUGAAUUUACGUUAUGGCUUUACUAAAGAGCUCAUAACAAAAUAUAAGGAUUCUUCUAGUGCGCUGUUGAAAUUGUUAGAAGACGUGUUUUCAUGGCUACCUCUUGCAACAGUCAUUGAUAAUAAAAUAUUUGUCACUCACGGAGGGAUAUCAAAAGAUACAAAUUUGGAUGAUUUGAGCAGUUUGCCGCGCCAUCGAUACAGAUCAGUGCUCAGGCCACCACUUUUUUCUAAAGUGGGCAAGAGCAAAAGUGAGGACUCUAAGGAAUGGAAGCAACUUGUGGAUGUAUUGUGGAGUGACCCUAAAGCUCAUCUUGGUUGUUCAUCCAAUGCAUUUCGUGGUGGAGGAUCAUACUUUGGCCCUGACAUCACGCAGAAAUUUCUUGAAAAGCAUCACUUGGAAACGAUUGUGCGAUCACAUGAAUGCAAGUAUGAAGGCUACGAGUGGACACAUAACAACAAAGUACUAACAAUAUUUUCUGCAUCAAAUUACUACGAAAUAGGUAGCAAUCGAGGAGCAUACGUGAAAUUCAUAGGUGUUGAUCAUCAGCCUCAUUUUGUACAAUAUCAGGCUAGCAAAGCACAUCAACGAGCGGUUGCAGCGAAAGAAAGAAUUGACAGAGUGGAACAGUCAGCAAUUGAAAAUCUGCGAGCGCAAUUGUGCGCACUUAACAAUGAAUUGCAGCAAGAAUAUGCGUCAGCAGAUCCAGAAAACACCGGUAAGAUAUCAGUUCACAAAUGGUGCAGUUGCGUUGAAAAAGUCUCAAGACUGAAAUUGCCAUGGCAUGCAUUAGUCGCGCGACUGACAACUCUAACUGACGACGGCAAGAAUGUAAUGUACAAACAGUCUCCAGCAGCUGUACAGUUCCAAGGAGGAAAGAAAGGAACUGCGCAAGAAAAAUGUGAUAUUGUGGAAACAUUAUACAAACACAAAAGUACACUUGAGACAUUAUUUCGAUUUAUGGAUAAGGUCGAUAAUUCAGGUUUGGUAUCACCUGAUCAAUUCUUAGACACAUGCAAAAUUCUUGGCCAGUAUACUCGUAGUCCUCUAGAGGAAACAAAUUUGGAACAGAUAGCAGAAAGCAUUGAUUUUAACAAAGAUGGUUACAUCGACCUCAAUGAACUAUUAGAAGCAUUUCGCUUGGUAGAUUAAAC